GUAACUUUUUGCCUGCUGUCAAUACCAGUCCCCACAAACAAUUUCGUUUCCUUUUCCAUGUGGCAUGGUGUCGGCGUAAGUUGCCGAAUAAGCAACCACAAUGCCGCAGAACGAAUAUAUCGAACGCCACCAAAAGCUAUACGGUAGGAGGCUCGAUUAUGAAGAGCGGAAGAGAAAACGCGAAGCGCGUGAGCCUCACAAGCGUGCUGAGAAGGCUCGCAAGCUGCGCGGUAUCAAGGCCAAGAUCUAUAACAAGGAACGCCGCAAUGAAAAGAUUCAGAUGAAAAAGAAAAUCAAAGCACAUGAGGAAAAGAAUGUCAAACAGAACACUGAGAAGGUGGCUGAAGGUGCACUGCCUGUGUACCUUCUGGACAGAGAUGUCCAGUCCCGGGCAAAGGUACUGUCCAACAUGAUCAAACAGAAACGUAAAGAAAAGGCUGGAAAAUGGGAUGUACCUAUACCCAAAGUCAGGGCACAGGCUGACGCAGAAGUAUUCAAAGUACUUAAGUCAGGAAAGACCAAAAGAAAAGCAUGGAAACGUAUGGUCACUAAAGUCACAUUUGUAGGAGAAAACUUCACACGUAAACCUCCUAAGUUUGAGAGAUUCAUCAGACCUAUGGCACUUCGGUUCAAGAAAGCUCAUGUCACACAUCCCGAGUUGAAAGCAACAUUCUGUUUACCAAUAAUCGGGGUAAAGAAGAACCCUAGCUCACAGAUGUACACAAGUCUGGGAGUGAUAACAAAGGGUACUGUUAUUGAAAUCAACAUUUCCGAACUUGGUCUGGUGACACAGGCUGGUAAAGUUGUGUGGGGAAAAUAUGCUCAAGUUACCAACAACCCAGAGAAUGAUGGCUGCAUCAAUGCUGUACUCUUAGUGUAAUAUUAUUGUUAAAUUUUACCACCUGACAACUACUCAGCUGUAAAAGCUGAUUGAAACUAAAUGUUAAUGUGUCUUUGAUUUGAAUCUACAAUUCCAAGAGAAUGAUUAUAAUGUUACAGAUAUAAUUUAUUGUACUAUCUUGGCCGGUCAAUAAAUAUGUACUGUAAAAUACAA